GCUCUGCAAAAGCAGCAGGGCUGGAGCCAUGGGUCUCAUUUGUUCGGCAUCUGGACUGCAGUACAGGGUGCCGAGUCCCAGCCCUAGACCUCUGCUGGAGGGUCCUUGCUCUGAAGACAUUGCCAGUGUGUGGAGCCUGCCCCACACCCACCCCCUGCCAAACCACGGCCUUUACCUGUGUCUUCCGGUGUUUCCCGUGCGACCCGUCCUGUGGGAGUGCCUCGUGGGCUGCCCCAGAGUUCACCCCACACUCGGCAGCGCCAAUGGUGAAGAUGACAAGAUCCAAGACUUUCCAGGCGUAUCUGCCCUCCUGCCACCGGACCUACAGCUGCAUUCACUGCAGGGCUCACCUGGCCAAUCACGAUGAACUCAUUUCCAAGUCGUUCCAGGGAAGUCAAGGACGAGCAUACCUUUUUAAUUCAGUAGUUAAUGUGGGCUGCGGGCCUGCAGAAGAGCGCGUGCUGCUAACGGGACUGCAUGCGGUCGCAGACAUUUACUGUGAAAACUGCAAAACCACUCUGGGCUGGAAAUACGAACAUGCUUUUGAAAGCAGCCAGAAAUAUAAAGAAGGCAAAUACAUCAUUGAACUGGCGCACAUGAUCAAGGACAAUGGCUGGGACUGAUCAGACGGCAUCCACCCAGCCCAGUGUCCACGUGAACGCCAUCCAACCGAACAUUCUACCCAAGCGUGAGAGAGUGACUGAACACUUGGUUCCAUCCAUUUAGGGGCCUUGCCACCUGGGGCAUCCUCCCACCCUGACACCAUCUUUCCGGUGGCUGGCCUCUAAAUCGCUGUCUCUGUCUCUUUGCUUCGUAUCUGUUUGUGAGUUGAUCCUGGCUUCUCUCUGUUCUAGUGUUGGCUGAAAACAAGACAACGAAAGGAACAGAUCCCUGACCAUGGGGCGGCAGCCCACCCUGACAAGGGCGCCGGUGCCCAUACAGGAGCUGCCUAAGGGCCUGUUGUCUGGAGUACAGAGGCUCGGGGAGUGAGGAAGAGGGACAAGGGGGAACCCUGAGGGUCCUGAGGGUGGUGGGUGGAGGGCGGAGUUAGGACUACAAUUACACUGCUCCCAGAGACCUGGUAAUGGGCUUGAAAUGAUCGAUUUGUCUAAAAGGACAAAGAGAAAAAAACAUACCUCAUGACUGCGUUCUCUCUGAUCAGAGGUUUCUGUUCCUGACACCAAAGGUGCCAGGUUAGCAAAAGAGCACAAGCAGUGGCCCUGAUAAUUCUGGCUGCCAGGGCAAGCGCUGAAUUCGGGAUGCCCUGAAAGCAGUGAGUGACCUGGGUGAAGCUCGUGUGGGUGGUGACACUCCGAAGCCUCUCUCAGCCCCGAGUCACUCUCCUCACAGCCUCAGCCACUGUAGGUGAGAGAAGAGGGGGAGGCCAUUUGCAGUGGGCAUGAGAUCCAGCUAUCCCGAAGACUCUGGCCAGGAGCCAGGUAAAAUGAGGAAUCGGGGAGAGCAGGGAACAAAGAGAGUCUGCAGUUGGGAGCUCCUGGAGAAAUAGCUCAGAUAUUGAGCCAGAAAAAUAAAAAUAGAAGCAGUUGUUAGCAAUUCUAUCAGUCUGACCUUGUUUCUGACCCUUAGUAAGUGUAAUGUGGCAAGCGAGGGGGCUGGGCAGGGACAGAAAGGAGGAGUGGUUGAGAUCCGAGCCAGUGCAGGUUAGGUGGUGCCCCUUUCCUCUUUACAUAUGCAGUGAUGUCAGUGGAAUCAGCAAUUCUUUGGUCAUAAAGUUUCUGGUGUUUUCCCCAGUUCCGUCACUGUGGACUGUGAAGGGCAAAGCCUCAAGGCCUUGGUUUAGUGGUGACCUGGCUGGUGGAUUCCUCACUUGCCCCUCGUUCUUGGACCUGAAUGUUGCCUGUUGGUGUGGUCCAGCCUUGGGGGAGGGGUAUAGAUGCCAGUGUCCACUUCCCUGCCUCCCCUACCUCCCACCCAGUCUUUAUUAUAUUAGGGAAGUGGAGAAGAGAUCCUGGAAAGACUGCUGUUACACUUAACCAACACUGUGAAGUCUGUUUGGACAGCAGUUCAGCCAGUGCAGGGCACAUGGCCAAAACACAGUUAACUGAGCGAGUUCCCUUCCGUAGACUGAAAAUCUUACUGUCAGGAGACACUUGCGUUAGGUAAUUCUCAGCAUCUCCGUCUCCACGUAGGCUGAUCCUGUAGAAAGGGCCCCUUGUAAGUCUGAUAAAAGAAUGAAUGCAUGGAAGGAAGAAUCUCUGAAAUUGGUUAACCAAAAUCAAAACAGCGAACCCAGUACAUUUUCAGUAUUGCAUCUGCAACAGAGCCCGAUUUCCAGAGGGAGGGAGGGAGGGAGUCUGUGGUGGAGAUGCGUUUCUGUGUCUCCACAUGCUGACUAUAGAAUAGGAAAGCUGAGCUAGGCACGGACAGGAAGCAGGGCAGCACCAUGGUUAGCAGUGCACCCCCUCUGUUCAGCAAAGGGUUCUUAGGGAUUGAAUUUUGUUCUCCAAACCUUCUUUUCCAGAAUUUUCCAGUGCUUUUAGUAGCCCUGGGUGAUGAAAUUGUUCCCCCCCACUUUACUGCAUGGCAGACUGAGUUUCGGAAGUGUUAUUUUAUUUCUGUUCCCAGCAAAACACUUCCUUUAGGAACAAAUCCUUUAGGAACUUAGGCCCAAGUUCCCAAUGAAAAAACAUUUUCAACUUUCACAUUCCUAAGUAGGCUUGCCAGCCGGAAACCAUGGAUGUCCCCUCUCUGUCCCUCCUGGAGGAAGUGGCCACCGUUUAUGCAUUUUGAAUAAAGCCUUCCUCAGGGAAUGCCCUUGCUAAAAAUGAGAUGUGUGGAUACGGAGAAUCUGCAUGUGGGCUGCCCCAGAAUUUUCAGGGGGCAGAGAAGGAGGCCACUGUGCUACUGGUCUUCCUUAGAGAUGGGGCCUUUGACUGUUGCAUGGAUCAGAGCAGGCUCCAGUCCAGACCCGGGUUCUAGUUUUUUCCAAUUACUAUCCAUUAGGCACCCAGUGGGUGCCACACACUGUUGUGAGAGGUUUGAGUGUUGGUUUUUCCAGAACUGGGGGGAGGGAGGGUAGGAGGAGUUCAUGAGGCUUCCCUUUGUGUCAGUGAAACCAAAAGUGCUUCUUAUAACUUUAACUGCGUUUAUGGCUUGUCUAUCUAACACUGUUGGUAUUGGAGAGGCCACAGCUGAGUGGUGGAGAGCCAUCCACGCAUGGCCUCAGUCAGUUCUUCUUUAAUUUCCUCACCAAAUUAUCAACUCAGAGCAUAACCAAAGACCUCAUCCAUUCACCCCAGGUAGGUCCAGGGAAUUGGAGUUGGCUGACAGAGCUCGAGGUGUGGGGAGUAGGGAAGGGGAAAGGGAGAAGCGAGAAAGGGAAAGGCUUGAAGUUCUAAACCUCAGCCAGCAGCUGCCUUCAUUGCAAACUGCAGUGCAGCCAGCAGACCCUGUGGCUCCGUCUCCCCCGUGCCAUCCUAGGUCGUAGGGCCUUGGCCACCCUGGAGUAUACCCAGACCUCCCCGGCAGAGCAGUCUCAGGCCGCUGAUGGGUUUGAUUUGAUCUGGAUCAAACACAGCCAGACCUGAAGCCCACGGUCAACAGCUGGCCCUGAGUGAGCGCUGCCCCAGCUCCAGCGACAGGAAGGCCGUGUAAGUCGCCUAACUCUUUCCUGUUGGAUCAGUGUGUGUGAAAGAGGUGUCCCCUUUAGAAAAAGAUCUUCAAGUGGAGAUAUAUACAUACAUAUAUAUAUAUAUAUAUAUAUAUAUAUAUAUAAAAGUUGCUUGUGAAUUAUACUUUUGUAAAUAAUAUUUAAUUUUUUAAAUAAUAUAUUUGGUGCUGUUUUCUCAGAUCCCCUGAGAGCACUUUUUAUUUUCAUUUUUAAAUUCUAUGAUUUCCUCUGCAUUUCUUGAAGUAUAUUUUAAGGGACGCAGUGAUCACCAAUAUACUUUAAAACAACUUGCAACAACGCUCAUCACUUUAAUCUGGACCGAGGCUUUACGGAAGUGCACUCUGCAUGUUUUCGCCAUAGAACAGACUCUGCAGUAUGCAACCAGACUGGGAAUCGAAAUGUUUUCUCGCUCCAAUAUUGGCUAGAAAAGAAAACAAGUAAAAUCAAUUAAAUUUAGUAGUAAUAACGUAGAGUGAUUCCUCUUCUUGGAAGAAUUUCCAAUAAAUUGGAAUCUUAUUUUUUAAUUUGUGUGUGUGUGUGUGUGUACGUGCGCAAAAGCACUUUGGAUUGUGCCUCCUGUUUCGUUUUUAUUGGGGACACUAUACAGUUUACACCUCGGGCGCAGAAGGCUUCUCCUCGCUUUCUCUCCCUUGUUCUUGUUUCUGAGUGGACCAACGGCACGGACCUGGGGGAUCUGUUCUCCUGAGCGUGGAACUCCUGCCAGUUUGCUCCUUUGUAACGUGUGCACUCGACUUUCAGACAGGAAAGGAAAUCUGGUUGUGAAGGUGAAGCAGAGUCAGAUCUGUCAAAUGCACGCUUCUUCCUGUGAUGGGCGUGUGUCAAUCACUAUCCCAGGACUGCGGUUGUUGUAGGAGCCACAUCAUGUCUAAAAGAACAUCAAUAAAACCAUAUCCAUACCUUGUAGGUAAACAGUGUUUAUUUUAUUUUUUUUCUUUCUCUGGCGGGGUGGGGCAGUUGGUUUGUUCUCUUCGGGUCAGAUUGCCUCAGGUUCAGGCAGAGAGAGUCUGGGAAGUCAAAUCUGGAACACAAUCCACGUACAUGCUUUUAAGGAAUCUGCUUCCAAAGAGAAAGCACGCGCAUCAUCUGCCAGAGAGAGGAAGGAGAUGUUUGUUUUUUUAAAAUGAAAACACAGCCAGGACACGGCGGCAGUCAAAGCUAGAGCCACGAAGAGACCAGCGACUCCCUCGGCACCGCCACGUCCUCUGCCCGCACGUCCGUGCAGCGCCCGCAGAGACCGGCCCUCGGCGCAGACUCUGCCUCUGGAUGCCUGUGUUUACAAACUCUGUGUUGGCCGUGGGUUCUCUUUGUUUAUGUCUUCUUUGGUGGCAUUUUCCUGGUCACUUUGCUUCAGUAACAAAGGUGAUUGUUUCCAAAUAACCUGUCCUCACCUUUGCCCGUAUUUGUACAUAGAGAUCCAGUAUUAAAGUGCAUUGUUCCUGUCCUACUUCCAA